AUGGCUUCAAAGGAGGCGACAAGCGGGAACGGCGGACUGAAGAAGCGAUCUAUUGCCGGAUCAUUUCUCUUCAAAAUCCCCAACGGUAUUGACAAGCCAGUUCAAGUCGCUCUGUUCAGACGUAGUGGCAAAGUUAGUACCUACCAACAUAAGUUGGCGCCCAUAUCCGGCAGUGUCGAGAAGGAUGACGCAAGCCCAUAUGCUACGGCACUGCGGGAGAUCAAUGAGGAGACCGGUCUGACCCUCUCCUCGAUCGAACUUCUUCGAGUCGGCAAACCUUACACCUUUGUCGACGCGUCUAUCGGGCGUGAGUGGACUAUUAACCCCUUUGGCUUCCGCCUCAAGGACAAAGCCGAGGGAGGUGUUGGUGAAGAGGGGAUCACCAUCGACUGGGAGCACGAGGGGUUUGAAUGGUUUGACCCUUUAGACGUGAAAGAGACGGACGAGUUUGGCGGCGUUCCCAAACUCGUAAAUAGUUUGCGUAGGGUGUGGCCCGAGUAUGAUCUAGGACACCAUGCGGGCCAGGUCUUAACGCUCGGCUUACGGAGGCUACGGGACGACCAUGAAAGCGGUGCUAGGCAGCUCGCCGAGAAAGCAGUUUCCAUUCUGAAGACUCUCAUCACGGAAAUGAAAUCUGAUGUUAUUGAUGAUACGUGGUGGGCAAAUGUCCGAAUGGCCGCCUGGCAUAUUUGUAAGGCCCGCGAGAGUAUGGGUGCCGCAAUCACAAGCGCCAUCGUCAAAACCCUUGAUCGGGUCGAAGUCGUAUUCAAUCAAGAUCUUCCAUCCCCAGAAAAGCUCCGACAGAUGAUCGAAUCCAUCGAUGAUCAACUGAUCCAGCGCAAGUCUACGACCGACCGUAUCCGCGAUACAUUUUCUAACUAUCUCCGUCAAAAUGUCAUCCAAACAACGGAACCGAAGAAGAGGAUCUGCAUAUUAACCUUAUCCUCUAGCUCUACAAUAUCAGCAUGCCUAUUGCAGGCCGCUGCUUACUUGAAUGUCUCGCUCGACCUUCGUAUCUUGGAAUCGAGACCUCUCUGCGAAGGUGUAGCACUAGCCGCAAAAUUGCUCGAACUUCAAGAGGGGUCUGUAGACUUCACAGUGACACUAUACACGGACGCUUCAAUGGCCCUAGCAGCAGAAGCCGUCGAUGUCGUUGUGCUCGGGGCCGAUCGCAUUAGCACGACAGGCGACGUCAGCAACAAAAUCGGAUCAUUACCCAUUGUCCUAAGCCAAAGACAUGUCGCCCCUAAUGCAAAAGUGGUGAUACUGAGCGAAACCGAAAAAAUAGCCUGUCCAGGUCUGAUGGAGGAGCAUUCAGCAGAAGAGAAUGACCCGUCAGAGGUGAUACAGGCUUGGACGGGGAAUUCUAAAAGUUUUGAGAUCAUUCAAGGCGCCCUUGCUGAUGCUCAGGGUAGUUCAACGCAAAAGCUCCAAGUGAGAAACACGUAUUUCGAGUGGGUUCCUGCUCGCUUCAUACACGGAUACAUCACCGACGAAGGGCUUUGGUCUGUCCAAGAUAUUGCAGAGAGAUCGAGCUGGAUUAGCGACGAGAUGGACAGAUUCUUUAAGAAUCUUUAG